UUAUUUCACUUGAAAACAGUUUACACGGAUAAACACGAGGAAAGUUGGACAACUGUAGCCUAGUCUGCUGUUGUAAGAGACGUUUCAUCUGAAUUUUAGACUUUUUAAGAGGUACCUGACUACAUAAAUCGGCUCAUCUUAGUUUAAAACCGACGACUCAGCUGUCUGUAACCUUACUUCUCUUCUUCUGGUUUUCAACGUAAACCUCGACAGACACGAAUCAGGAAGUCCGGGGAUUUUUCCGAAACAAAAGUUGAAUGGAGAGUGGCUGUACGCCACCUUUUAACGACAAAUAAUGAAGAGCCACAUUUGUUAACUCUUACAGUUGAUGUAUCGAUGUAGCUAGUGCGUUUUAUUGCUAUCUUAUUAACUUAUCUUAGUCGUCAUUCGUUACCCGGAACACCUGGAUUUUCACUUUACGGGUGAAAGGGAUGGAUGUUCCUCACCUCAGUGAAGAUGAAAUGGCAGAGAUUAAAAAAGACGUGCUGACCAGACUGCGGCACUAUCUCUGUGACAAGAUCAAAGCCGAACGCCACCUUGACUACCUGCGCUCUCGCAGGAUCCUGACGCGAGACGAUGCGGAGGAAAUCAGCUGCCGGACCACACAGACCAAGAGGACGGCCGUGCUGUUGGACAUACUGGCCGAGAACCCCCGGGGCCUGGAUGCCUUGAUUGAGUCCAUAAGGGAGCUGCGCUCACAGAACUUCAUCAUCACUAAAAUCACAGAUGAGGUGCAAAAGGCGAAAAACGAGAAGAUCGAGUCUCUCAGAGCUUCCAGUACCUUGUCUGACAGCAGCCUCUGCGAUCCGAGCACAACCAGCGACAUCCCCCCGACGUUUUCAAACAACUCCACCCUCCUCUUUCACCCAGAUGGAGAACGCAGUUUUUCAGCCUCAGACGUAGCAGGCUCGCUCAAUCUGCCAUCGUUACAGAAAGGUGGAGACUUGCCUUCUGUGGCCGGUGCUAGCAUCGGCAUAGCUUCCUCCACAACCUCCUCCAGCCUCCCGAAGCCCGGAGACCCCGGAGCUCCUCCACUGCCGGAGGAAGAAAUGGUUCAAUCCCCUUCCAACAUAGAUGCCGGAGCACCAGGGUGCACCAACAGCGGAGGGGACCCAAACUUCCAGCCCCUCCGGUCGCGCUCUCUCACUCCGACAUCACAUAGGAACAUCUUUUAAUUUCACAUAAGACACUUCUCAUGCAGUUAAAGGGACAAACCAGCAGAAUCUGCAGCCACUCAACAAACACUCUCUCACUGUUGUCUUGCACUCUUUUUGGUGUUGCUCAUGCCUUUGAUUAGGCAUAAAUUGCUACGAUACUAC